GAGAGAGAGAACGCGCGAGAGAGAAAGAAGACACACCCUGACACACUAUUAAAUGAAUUAUAUUAAUAAAGAAAGAUCAUAAAAAGCUCAUUUAAAUACCGGAAACACACACACACACACAAACACACACACAAACACACGCAGGUCUGUAGUUUGUUACAUUCCUUCAAACGUCAUCAUCCUGUAAACAAGACUUUCGGUUACUGUAGCAGUGUGUGUGUGUGUGUUUGUGUGUGUGUGUGUGUGUGUUCACAUUUCUCUGGAUCCUACACAAGGAUUUAGCAGUUUGUGGAUCUUCAGGAGUGUGUGGGAGCUUUGAUCCAGAAUGUCCAGACCAGACAUCCCCCCGGGCUACGACGAGUCAUGGCUACUUUCAAAUAAUCAACCUGGAGGUGUUCAGCCUUCUGCACCCCCUCCUUCCUACAAUUAUUCUCCAUAUGGAGGUCAACCACAGCCUGGACCCUACCCUGGAGCUCCCUACUCAGUCCCCUCUGGUCCUUACCCAGGGCAGCCCGCCCCUUACCCGGGACAACCUGGAAUGUACCCUCCGCAGCCCGGACUACCGGGUCAAGGAUACCCAUCAUACCCAGGACAACCGGGUCAAGGAUACCCACCACACCCAGGACAACCGGGUCAAGGAUUUCCACCUCCAAUGCCACCCAUAAUCCCACCCACAAUACCCAUAUCUGACUCAGGUGACGAUGGCUUCACCACAACGUCAGGAUGGGAGAGCUUGAGCGUGAGGCACGCUUUCAUUCGCAAAGUGUACCUGAUCCUUGCAGCUCAGCUCCUGGUCACAGUCAGCAUCGUGGCUGUUUUCACGUUUGUACAACCGGUGCAGAGCUUCGUCAGGAAAAAUCCAGGACUCUACUGGGCUUCGUAUGCAGUGUACUUCAUCACACACAUCAUGCUGGUGUGCUGUAAGGGACCCAGGAGGCGUUUCCCCUGGAACCUUAUCCUGCUCGGCAUUUUUACUUUGGCUUUGUCCUAUAUGACAGGGACGAUAUCAAGUUACUAUGACACCAAGUCUGUGUUCCUGGCGCUCGGUAUCACUGUGAUCGUCUGCAUCGCCGUGACUGUCUUCUGCUUCCAGACCAAGGUGGAUUUCACCAAAUGUGCAGGUCUGUUCUGCGUUCUGGGAAUCGUCAUGUUUGUGACUGGAAUCAUCACCGCGAUCGUACUGUCAUUUAAAUAUAUCCCGUGGCUCCACAUGCUGUACGCUGCCAUGGGUGCGAUCGUGUUCACGCUGUUCCUGGCCUAUCACACGCAGCUCCUAAUCGGAAAUAGGAAGCACUCCAUAAACCCAGAGGAAUACGUGUUCGCUGCUCUCUCCAUCUACGUGGACGUCGUCCAGAUCUUCAUUUUCCUCCUGCAAAUCAUCGGGGCGUCUCAAAGAUAGGGGGCGCCCUCACGCAGAAGCGCUUAUGUAAAAUGCAUUUUAAAAAUGUUUUUCUGGGCGGCGUUAGCAUGAUAUGAAAGGCUUCGAUACCACCAGGACAUGCUGGUUUAACUUCAUAACCACCUUCUCAGCUUCUCUUUAUAUUCUGGAAAUAUUUUUACACGAUAUGCUAAUUACAUUACGUACGAUUUCUUUUUUUUUCCGAUUAAUCAAGGUUUAAUUUUGGCCUUUAUUAUUAUUAUUAUUAUUAUUAUUAAAAUAUAAUAAAAGUCCCUGAAUAAAAUGGACACUGGAGAGGAAGAUUUUUCUUUUAUUACGACUUGUUACAGUGGGUUUCAGAAAUAUUGGCACCCCUUUAUAAGUUACUCUAAAUCAAAUCUAAAGUCACUUUAAAAACAUAUAUUUAUUAUAAAUACACACUAUUCUAUAUAUUUUUUAGGUGAUUCGAGAUGUAACAUCUUGAAAAACUUGUCCUGUGUCACAGGGAUGGGUGAUAUCGCCGAAAAUAUCGUAUCGUGAUAAUUUAGGACACUGAUAUUUAGCUUCAGGUUUUAACAACCGAACGACGCCAAAGAAAAAUCGCUCGCGCUAUAAUUCUAAAAACAUUAACAUCAAUCUAUAUUGAAAUCAUAGAUAAUUAUAUGCAUCAUAAUUUAUAAAUAUCACGAUACUGAUAUCAGGGUCGUAUCGCUCGGCUCUACAGCAUCACUGCAGAUCUUAUACUGUAUAUGCUGCUGUUUUUUUGUUUGGUUAAUUAGGGGUGCCAAUAUUUUUGCUCCUUCCAAUUACGAGUCGUUUUUAUGCUACAAUAGUGACGUGUGUAAAUAAAAGAAUUUUAUCUAUAA